CGGCGGGGCGGGGCGCCGCCCGUCGGUUGUUGUAGUAACGGGGAAGCGGCGGGAGGGGCCGGCGCUGCCGUGCCCGCCCGGCCCGGCGCCGCCAGCCGAGCGCGGGCAGGUAACUGCUCUUGCAACUAGGCCUGGGCUGUAUGAGAACUUCCAAAGGAAAUGCCAGUUGGGAUGGCUAAAGAUCUGGAGGAAACUGGCUCAUCCUCAGAGGAGGAAGAAGAUGCUGUAGAUGCACUGGAGGGUCAUCCAUGUAUCAAGUGGACAGGUGGUGGCUGCAGGCGGGUCCCUGUCUUAGUAUUUCAUGCUGAAGCCAUUCUGGCUAAGGACAGCUACCUCCGUCUAAUUGGAGAGCACUUCCACAUGUCCUAUAAGAUUGUGCGGACAGACAGCCGGCUGGUUCGGAGCAUUCUGACUGCCCAUGGAUUCCAUGAGGUUCACCCUAAUAGCAGUGAUUAUAAUCUCAUGUGGACAGGAUCACACUUGAAGCCCUGCAUGCUGCGUUCCCUUACAGAUGUUCAGAAAGUCAACCAUUUCCCUAGGUCAUACGAACUGACACGAAAGGACAGACUGUACAAGAAUGUCUGCCGAAUGCAGGUGACCCAUGGGUUCAAGACAUUCCAUAUCUUACCUCAGACCUUUAUCCUCCCGACAGAGUACCAGGACUUCUGCAAUACCUAUUCUAAGGACAGAGGCCCGUGGAUAGUGAAACCUGUGGCCUCUUCCAGAGGUCGAGGUGUCUACCUGAUAAAUAACCCAAACCAAAUUGUAGUGGAAGAAAACAUCUUGGUGUCUCGUUACAUCAGCAAUCCCUUGCUCAUAGAUGAUUUCAAGUUCGAUGUGCGUCUCUAUGUUCUGGUUACAUCCUAUGAUCCACUUGUUGUCUAUCUCUAUGAGGAAGGAUUGGCCAGAUUUGCAACAGUGAGGUAUGACCAGGCAUCCAAGAACAUUAAAAACCAGUUCAUGCAUCUGACCAACUACAGUGUCAACAAGAAGAGUGGGGAUUAUGUCAGCUGUGAUGAUCCCGAAGUAGAGGAUUAUGGAAACAAGUGGAGCAUGAGUGCAGUGCUGAGGUACUUAAAACAAGAGGGGAGAGACACUGCAGCACUGAUGGCCAAUGUGGAGGACCUGAUUAUCAAGACUCUAGUUUCUGCUGAGCUGUCCAUUGCAUCAGCUUGUAAAAGUUUUCUUUCACAUCGUGGCAGCUGCUUUGAGCUGUAUGGUUUUGAUGUCCUUAUUGAUGACACUCUGAAACCCUGGCUGUUGGAAGUGAACCUGUCCCCAUCAUUGGCCUGCGAUGCUCCUUUGGACCUGAAGGUCAAAGCUAGCAUGCUCUCAGAUAUGUUCACUCUUGUAGGCUUUGUAUGCCAGGAUCCUGGCCAGCGGUCAAGCCGGAACAUUUAUCAUACGUCCGAAUCUGUCAGAAGAAAUCCAUACCAGAAGCUGCAGCGUCCUGUGUCUGUACAAUCGCAAAGAGCAAACAGCAGAUCACAUACCCGUUCUCUGUCUGCCAGUGAUGCUGAAGUUAAAAGCUCGAUGCCAUUAGGCAGGGAAAAGGCAACAGGAAGGCACAGCAGCUCUGUGCUAGGCCUCUCCAUGGAGGAGCUCAAAGUUCUUCGGCAAGUGAGAGAGGAAAAUGAACGGAGAGGUGGCUUCAUCCGUAUAUUCCCUACCCCAUUAACAUGGGACCUUUAUGGAUCUUUUCUAGAGCACAAGACAUCAAUGAACUACAUGCUGGCUACACAUCUGUUUAAGGACAGGAGCAAGAUAAAAAGAGAAUUCAUCACUGGGAGAUCCCGAGUCGGUCUCCAUGGAAGGCUGGAUGCGAGGAUGGAAGCUGUGGGUUCUCAUGCUCUUCUGUAUGAGAGGAAGCUCAUUUCGCUGGAGUUACGGAAGCGGCGUCGGUGUCGUGGCAAGCUUGGAGCAGCACAGACAAGAGCAUCAGGCGCAUCAGAACCAACAAAGUUUUCCCUCAAGUCAGACACGGAAGGUGAGGAGGAAGAGGCGAUGGAUGGAGGUGAAGGGGUAGAUAGAAAUGUUUGCUCUCUUUCGGAUACCAAGGUGAAAAACAAGCCAAAGCUCUCUGACCCAGUGAAAACUACUUGUAAGGAGAGGUUACCAAAAAACUAUAACAAAAAGAAAACUGGAGAUGGAGAGAAGCUGUUUCUGCAAAAACCAGACUCAAAACCUCAGUUUAACUUGCUUCAGAUUCUUCAAAAUCAAGGAAACUUGAGCAAAGUACAAGCUCGUACAGCUUUCUCUGCCUAUCUAUGGCAUGUUCAGCUCCGACUGGUGAAGGAGGCUGGUGAACAGAUCCAGAAUCCUGCCUGGGCUGCCAAGGAGGAUGAGCAAAUGGACCUCAUCAUCCGCUUUCUGAAGCGAGCUGCCAGCAACCUCCGUCCAUCUCUGAGGCUGCUGCUCCCCAGCCGUCAUGUAGGACUGACUGACCGGCGUCGCAUCCUGGCUCGCCAGCUGGGCGAGUUCAUCAUCUGCUAUGACAAGGAAACAGAACUGAUGGUUCAGAAACAACCAAAAAAGAAACAGGAAGAGGAGGAGGGAGUAGAUCCUAAAGAUUUUCAGAACUUCAUUGCCAGAGCAAGUGAAAGUGACCUGGAGGAAGUACUGACAUUUUACACACACAAAAACAAAUCGGCAAGUGUCUUCCUAGGAGCAAAAUCCACAAACACAAAACAUGGCAACAGCAGUCACCAGUUGGAGAAACAGCCACAAGGUGAGCAUCCUGAGAUGGUGAAAAAAAUAAAAGGUGAUCACCCCAAAAAUUCAGUUGCAGAUUUGUCUGCAGAAGGAGCACUAAAAGGCUGCAAACCCAAAGAAGCUAAAUCAAGCUUUCCAGAAGGACUCACCUUAUCCUUAAAAGCUGAAGAGAACUUACCUCAGUGUAGUCCUCCCAGUGCUUCUUCCUCUGUUCCUGGUGCCACGUUGCAGAGAAGUACCAGCUCAUGGAUGCCAGCUCAGCCUGCAGCCUCUGAAAAUCCAAAGGUGUCUGGUCAGCCUUCAUUGCCGGCGCCUCCAGCUGGUCCCAGACUGAUUCAGUCCUCACCCCCAGUACGCUCCUUGCAGAGCACAGCUCCUGACAGCUCUUCUGUCCCCACACACCCAGUGUCCGCUGAGACGUGUAGCCUUGCAGGGUUACGUCGUCGUGCUGGUAGCUACACCAUUGGACCAUUUUCCUCUUUCCAAAGAGCUGUUCAGAUCUACAGCCAAAGAUUGUCCCAAAUACCCUCUGCAAAAGUAGGUCUCCAGCGUGGUUCAAAUGGGCAGUGUGUGAGCUCAGCCAGGAUGCACAGAGAUGCAGAACACACUGCCCAGGGCAAACAUCAUGGGCCCCGUGUGGCAGCAGCAGCAGAACUGCAGCAGUUGGCAGAAAAGCAAGCAGCCUGCCAGUAUUCCCCAGCAAGCCACCUCAGUCUCAUUACACAGCAGUUAACAAACCUGGACUUGGCAAGUGGAGAUAUAAAGGGGAAUGCAGCUGCUCCACAGAGCUACUGGUCACCACUCAACAAAAGAGGGUCACUGUGGCCUGUUCAGUCAGACACUCAUAGAGAUGACAAAAGAUCUGUCUCUUCAGCAGUCAGGGGUCCAGAGAAUCAUCAUUUUGCCUUGGAAGGAGAGAUGGAGAACAGUGUCCACAAGGUGACGCGAGGUCCUCUGGCACAUCCCAGCUAUCAGCUUCAGUUUGCUGUGCAGCAACUUCAGCAGCAGAAACUUCAGUCAAGACAGCUGUUGGAGCAAAACCAAGCACGGCAACAGGCUGUUUUUGCCAACUAUUCACAAUCCAGCACCAGUCAUAUAUCUGUGCCAGCUGGCUCUGAUGCCCGCAAGACAUCAAAUGCCACUUCUAGUAUCCAGAAGGCAGCCAGUUUGGACAAAGUGAUGCCAUCCCAGAGUACAGCUCCUCAGUUGGCUCCAAAGCCUCCAACAAACCACAGACAGGCAGUGAUCAGAAAGGCUGCAGCCCAGAGGACAUCCAAGCUGACCUCCACUGAAAAGCAACUGAAUGGAUUCCAGAACAGCCUUCAGAGUGCUGCACCCUGUGAGCCAGGGACGUAUUCCACAGCUUCUGCUCGCAGAGAAGGAUUAACACAGAACUCCAGGUGAGGAAUCCCAAGAGUUGCUUCAAGUAUGGGACAAAGGAAGAAGCAGCAGCAGUGACUUCACACCAUCACAUUCCCAUAUCAGGCAAAAUGAGAGAAAAGGAGGCCUUGGUGAGAGAACAACGCACUGAAAAGAGUAUCUAAACAUCUGUGAAAGCAGACUGUGGUGAUACACCUGCAAGCUGAGGUGAAUGAAUGCUUCUGAGAGCUUCUGCUGCUGAGUCUUUUUCCCUUCUUUUCGUUUCUUCCUCAGCUCUAACUGUUAGAUCUUUCCGUAAGACGAGAGAUCUUUCCUUCAGCUGUUGUUCCUAAAGUCCAGGUUUGAACAUAAAGUCUCACUUGCUCAGCCAUUUCAAUCUGUUCUAGUCUGGUAAUAGCCAAGGUUCCAUGCUUUCAUCACAUGGCAGCCAUCAGCAGAGAAAAAUAUUAGAACAUGCAGCUGCAGAUGUCUAUGUUGGUUGUCAUCUUGAAUUUUGGCACAGAGCCAUAGAAAUGAACAGUUUAAAUAAAGUAAUUUCAUUUGUUUUAUUUGGUUAUAA